UUCACAAUUCCUGUGGACUCUCAGGAGGUCUGUGUCACACUUCAGACCUUAUUUCAUCACAUUUAAGAAGCCUGGGCUGCCAUUUUAUUCUGGAAACUUUCUAGGUUUACAACCUUCCAUAGUGUCGGUUUGCUGAAAGAAGGAUUUCAAUUGUUUCACCACCAAUUGUGUCUCAUGAUGCUUAUUUCAUUUUUGAGGAAGUUUCACUUUUGCUUCUGAAUAGUAUCCUGAAUAGUGGUUGCAAAGUCCAACAGUCCUAUUCGUGAUAGUUUAGACAAAAGAGUCUGUGGUGUAGAGCUGUCUUUUAUGCUCAUCUUUCUGAUGGCAGACUUUAUAGAUAUUAUUUCCCUUUUGCUGUUGGACAUAGUUGGGUAUGUGUGCCCAGCUGUUGCAUAUCUAGUAAUGUUGGAAAAGGUGUUCAUGGCAUGCUGUCACACACUGAUUUCCCAUCAGUACUGAUCAGUUCCAUACUGAUUUACCUCAUUUUCACACUUGAGGAUUUUGGCAUGCAAACCUAUGUAAGGACCUCUUACCAGGAAUGUACUGAACUACAUCUGCAUCUGCUAACAGUGGCACAUGAUCACACUACUGUGUGAAUUAUUCUUGCUCUGGACAAAGCUAACUCAAGUGUGGAUGUCAAGUCAUGGCAUAGUAUCUACCAUGCUCCUCUCUGGUCCAGUUUCUGUUCCAUUGACUUGAGGUGUUACUUUUUCUGGAAGUCUUCACUGUGUACAGAUUUGUCUGUAUCUAAUCAAGAUGUUCUUGGAACAUUUAUCAGAAGAAAUAAUCAUACCUGCAAACUGGCCUCACAUAGGUAACACGUGAGCAUAUUGUGAAUAUCAAGGACAUUGAGGUGGUGUUAGUGUCUGUUGGACUGUGAUAGCCAAGUACCUUGUCCAUCAGUGUACCAGUUGGUUCCUGAGUCAGUACCAAGAAAGAAUAAAGAACUUGAAGAUGUGAUAUAACGAUGUCUGGGAUGAUAUUAGACCUCUCAGACAUGGAAGAAAAUCCUGCCUCACUUUUGGCACUUUGGAAUCAGCACCAAGAAGGGUACCCAUAAAUUUUCUGUUGGGAGAAGAGAAGGAUACUUCAUUCAGACUCAGAAUCUGAAUACAGACCAGGACAUGUCUGAGACUGUGCUGGGCAUCCAGAUCUCUUUGUAGAGACAGAAACUCCAGAGACAGCAGCCAAGUGGGUUUGGGAGGAGACAAGCUCAGGAAAUAAGGGAAUCUACUCAAGAUACUGCAGAUUUAUCAAGGCCACAGUUGGAGAAUUCUGGCUCCCUAGCUGAAGCAUUUGAUCAGAUGUCUGGCAACAUAAGUGAUGAUUCUUGACAAAUUUGCCUGUCAACAAGUGAAAAACAAGAAAAAUGUGUUGCUUUUUGACUACUAGAGAGACAUGGGAAGGGACAGUGGAAUUUACAAAAUGCAUUCAGGAAAAUGGAAUUUCGAAGAUGCUAAACUAAACUGAUUUUCUGAUUGUCAAGAGAAGUCUAGGGAAGAGGACAGAGAAACUAUGGCAGGGAGACUGCAUAAUGGGGAAAAGAAGCUGGAAGAGCAAGAGUUCCAGCAGGAGCUCUUCAGGGAGUACAUGCAUUGCCCGAAGGCAGGCUGCACGGCUUUAAGACAACAGCAGAAAAGAAGAAAUGGAGUCUCAAUGAUGGUAAACAAGACUGUUCCUCGUGUUGUUUUGACACCAUUAAAGGUGUCUGAUGAGCAGUCGGAUUCACCUUCAGGAUCUGAAUCUAAAAAUGGUGAAGCAGAUGGUUCUGAUAAAGAGAUGAAACAUGGACAAAAGUCUCCAACUGGAAAACAAACAAGCCAGCACUUAAAGAGGUUAAAAAAAUCUGGUUUAGGACAUUUGAAAUGGACCAAAGCUGAGGAUAUUGACAUAGAAACACCAGGAUCUAUUCUAGUGAACACCAACCUGAGGGCUUUAAUAAAUAAACACACCUUUGCUUCUUUACCUCAGCACUUUCAACAAUACCUCCUGCUUUUGCUUCCAGAAGUAGACAGACAGAUGGGAAGUGAUGGAGUUUUGCGCCUCAGUAGUUCUGCUCUAAACAAUGAAUUCUUCGCAUAUGCAGCACAAGGGUGGAAACAACGAUUGGCUGAAGGAGAAUUUACUCCAGAAAUGCAGUUGCGCAUCAGACAAGAGAUGGAAAAAGAAAAGAAAACAGAGCCUUGGAAAGAAAAAUUCUUUGAAAGGUUUUAUGGUGAAAAAUUGGGAAUGUCGAGAGGGGAAUCCUUGAAACUCACUACAACACAGAGCAAUGAUGAAGAUGACAGCAAUUCUUUGUGUGGAUCUUCUGGCAAACCUGGUCCUUCUAAGCAAGCAACCUUUGAGGAACAUGAACAAAAAGGCACUAAAACUCCAGCCCCACCAGAGAAAGAUAAUGGUCCAUCUCUUUGUAAUAUGGAACAGGCUCCUGUCAAGAAUCUAGCGGCAGAAACAGAGGAUAUACUGAUAACUGAGGAAUCAAUCAUUCAGGAGGAGAUUGCUGAAGAGGUUGAGACAAGUAUUUGUGAAUGCCAGGAGGAGAACCAUAAAACAGAACAGGAGUUUUCUGAGGAGUCAAGAAGUUCAACCGGAACAAAUGAAGAAACAGAGGCAGUGCAACUUGCAGACAACUCUGAGUCCUGUGUCAUGAUGAAUGAUGUAACUGAUACUGCAUCUCACAUUGAAAUUAAAGUGGAGUUGAAGUCAGAAUGCCCUCAGGAGGAGAUGUCUGUUGUAAUAGAUCAGCUGGAGGAUUGUGUAUCACCAGCACAAUCAGCUUCGUCCACAAAUUCUGUCAGUGAUACAGCAGAGAAGGAUUCUGAGUCUGUAAAAGAGCUAAUAGCUCCAGAAAUGCAAAAUGCUGCUUUGGAGGGCUCGUUGUUCACUGGUGGAGGCAUUGCAGUGGAUAUGGAGCUUCAGAGUGACCCUGAGGAACAAUCGUCUGAGAAUGCUUGUAUUUCUGAGACUUCCUUUUCCUCCGGAAGUCCAGAAGGACCAUGUGUUUGUAUUGCAUCUCCUGGAGGAGACACUCAGUCAACUUCAGAGGAACCCUGUACCCCAGCUUCACUUGAAACAGCUUGUUCAUCUGAAGUGUCCAGUACUGAAAACACUGACGGUGAUAUUCAGCAAAAGGCCACUGAUGAAAACUUGCAUACGCCUUUAAUGUCAGAAAUCUCUCCAAUGUCCACCUCACCCGUAACCUCAGAAGCAUCUUUGAUGUCAAAUUUACCUUUAACAUUAGAGGCAUCGCCAGCUUCUAAUUUGCCUUUAACAUCAGAAACAUCUCCAAUGUCUGAUUUACCUACAGCAUCAGAAACAUGUUCAGUGUCUUCUGUCCUUCUUACGUCUGAAACAUCCGUUGCAAAUAGUUUGCCUCUUCCAUCAGAAACAUCUCCCAUUUCAAAUUCCCCAAGCAAUGAAAGACUUAUUUUGCAACAAAGGAAAUCACCGUGUCUGUUAGAAGAGUCGCUCCCCACUUUAAAAGAAGAAAGCUGUAUCAUUCCUAAGGUGAUUCAAGAAGAGAAUCUUGUUGUUCAGCCAAAGCAACUUCAGAGUGCACCCGAAAAUUUGAAAGUGGGUCCACUAACGAUUAUACCUGAUACUUCAGCACUGGAAGAGCCCCAAAGCAAAAACCUUUGUCAUCAGCUGUGUAAGUCACAUUCUGAAAUAGAGAAAUCCUACACUGCUUCCAUCCCUGAACACUCCUCUCCUCCAGAGGUGAUCAAAAUUAAAAAUCACAGUAUUCAGCAACGAGGUGACAAGAAAGGGACACACUUGCCUUCAGAGGUACCUGUCUUACCAGAAGGAUCAACAGGCAAAAAUAUUGAACUGUUUCCAUCAAAGCAACACGAAAAGCUAUAUACCUCAUCUCUAGAUAAAUCUUCAUUCUCUGAAGUGUGCAGAAGUAAAUCUCAUAAGCUAACAGGUGGUACCCAAAGCCGACUAGAGGGUUCACAUUCCUCCAAAUCAUUGGAAACCACAAAAUCACCUGAAGUGAGGAAUGAAAGCAGAGACCCAGAGAUCCCAAAGAGGAAAACAGCAGAGCAGCACAGUUUUGGAAUCUGCAAAGAGAAGAGAGCUAGAAUAGAUGAUGAUCAGCCAAAUCGUAGUGCUUCAUCAACAAGUCCAUCUGAUAAAGACCAGCCACUCAGAGAGGAACCCCGAGUUCCACCUCUUAAGAUUCAGCUUUCAAAAAUUGGACCACCUUUUAUCAUCAAGAGCCAACCUGUUUCAAAACCAGAACCUCGAGUUUCCCCAAGUACAUCGGUCAGCAGUGGAAGAAACACUGGGGCUAGAACUCUUGCAGAUAUCAAAGCAAGAGCUCAGCAAGCAAGAGCCCAAAGAGAAGCGGCAGCUGCAGCAGCUGUGGCAGCAGCUGCAAGCAUUGUCUCUGGAGCAAUGGGGACUCCAUGUGAAGGUGGGAAGACAAGAACGCUGGCACACAUCAAGGAACAAACAAAGGCCAAGCUAUUUGCAAAGCAUCAAGCCAGAGCUCAUUUACUACAGACUAAUAAAGAAUCAAAAUCACAGUUCAACUCAAAGGAAAGUACCUCAUCUCUAGAAGUAUCAGCUUCUACUGAUACAAAGAUUGAAGGUUCUACUGGUGUCAUUAUAGUUAAUCCUAACUGCAGGUCCCCUAGCAACAAAUCUGCGCAUCACCGUGAGAAUACUGCUUUAUUACAGCAGUCACUUAACACAACUACAUUACCAGAAACUGCUACUGAGAUACCUGUGCACAGUUCCAAUGAGAGUAUACCUAUGCCACAAUUGUGUGAGAAAAUUAUUUCAUCUACCUCUACUGAAAGUAACAGUGUGCCAGUGCUUUAUAAUAAAAGUUCAGUCUCUGUGUCUGUUUGCAGCACUGCUAUGUCUGGAGCAAUUAAAGAACUUUCUUUUGCAAGUUCUGUUGAUAAAUCCUCUGUUUUAAUGUCUGUUGACAGCGUGAACACAGCAGUUUCAGCUUGUAAUAUAAAAAUGCUGAAAUCCAUCCAAGGGGCUGAUACUCCAUGCAUAGCCGUUGGACCCAAAUGUAUUGAUAACAGUAAUGUACCAGUCUCCAUAGACAGUACAGUCUUAUCAAAUACCAUCGAUGACAAAAGGUUGCCGAUAUCAAGUAGCAAUGCAAAUAAUGCAGUCUCCAGUCAUUAUGCCGCUGUGCCAGCUUCAUCCAUUGCAAAUAACUUGCCAAAUCAUCUCUCUGGUAGUUCUGUGUUGAUUCCCCCAGUGGGGACUACCAACAGAUUUUCUUCUGAUAAGAUAGCCAUAACAGGGUGUAACGAGCAAAGCACUGUUUCCGUCCACACUACCGUCAGGUCAGCUUUAAGUUGCAGCAAGGCUGUUGCAGUAGCAGAUUCUGUCUCAAGGUCACCCAUUUCAAUGUUUACUGGUAACAUGGUGACAAUAAGCUCCUACGAUAACUCUACUAAGUUAAAUUCUGAUCUCUUAGACAAAAGCUCUGGAGCACGAAACCGAAUGGAUCUCUCUGGUAAAUCUCAGCCAGUGAGCUAUACACAAACUGCCAUGAAUAGAUCUAUACCUUGCAAAGUCAUUGUUGACCACACUACAAAUCUGAAUUCCAGUCUGUCGCUUUCUUCUUCAAUUGAAAAUGCAGAGAACAACACUGACCUGCAGAGCAGACCUGUACGGACAGAAGCUGCCUUACCAAGUAUAGCCUGUCCUCAGGUGUCUGUAAUAAGCAGGCCUGAAGUAGUCUCUAACGAAAGCCUUGAGCACAGUUCCAGCUUUAUCAACAUUACAGCAAAGCAAGACAGCAAGAACUUGCAGGCAGGUUGUUCAAGUCUUCGAGAAGUGCCUCUUGCUCCCCAGGAUAAAUUAAUUGAGGUGGUUACUCCCAGCCAAAGUUUUGCCGAGCAGUUAAGAGGUCCUGCAUUUAAAAGUGAAGCAGACGCUGCCUGUGUCAGUCAGUAUAGCACUAACAAUAGAAUUUGUUGGCAUGAUGAAGAGGCAAUGAGCACAGACCAGCCGGUGGUCAGCCAUCUUAACGCCAGUAAGCAUAAGGAAUAUGCAGAACAAAACUGCUUAAAAAGUGUCAAAACCGAACCUUCCAGUUACACGCAAAUGUCAGAGCUGCAGUCCAGGAGUCUUUUGACAAGCCUUGCUGUUCCUGUUAAAUCCGAAACUAACGAGUCUGACAAGUGCUUCAGGAUGGACACGGAGGAUUUCACAGGCCCUGAAAUGGCAGCCCAACCCACAGAAAUAGCCCCAAGCGCACAGCCAACACAGGCCGCCAAGGCACCCAUUGCGGAUUCCAUGGACGACUCCCUGUCCCUGACAACAGAGACCCUCAAAAGAGUUACGAGUGCUGGGGGCUCAAGCUGUCGCCUCUCAUCAGUGGAGGCCAACAAUCCUUUAGUGACACAAUUACUGCAAGGCAAUCUGCCUUUAGAGAAAGUGCUGCCGCAGCCCAGAUCAGGAGCCAAACUAGAAAUUAGCAGGCUUCCCUUGCCUUUGCAAACUACCUCAGUAUGUAAAACAGCAGUGUCCGAGAGAAGUAUUAUUGAGCAUCCUUCCAGUUCUCCUAACCCAGAUGGUAAAGGAUUUACAGCAGGCAGCAUAGCCCCGCUACAAAUCAGAAAGCGUGAAAACCAUCCAAAAAAGAGGAUGGCCAGGACUGUAGGGGAACAUGCGCAAAUUAAAUGCGAGCCUGGGAAGGUGUCAAUGGACACUGAUGUUAAAGCGACUCCUUGUGUAAUUAGUUCCAGCAUGAACCAGCUAGGGCACGGGCAGCCGUUUAAGCAAGAGUGGCUGAACAAACAUGCAGUUCAGAGCCGCAUCGCUCACAGCCCAGAGAUCAAGCAGCAGAAGAGGCCAUUGCCUUCGUGCAGUUUCCAGCAGAGCUUAUUUCACAUUGAUAAAAACGGCAGCUUUCAUGCAGAAGCUAGUACCUCACAUAGACAGCAUUUUUACCAAAUGUCCAUGGCUGCGAGAGGCCCGAUUCCCACGGCAGCUUUGUUGCAAGCUACUUCAAAAGGCCCACCUGGCUGCAAUGCCUUUACUUUUAGCAGACACCUGGAACAGAAGAGCUUGGGAGAUGGGAAUAUUUCUACAGCAGCUCACCAGCUGAGGCUAGGAAGUGUGUUUUCCCCCAACAUUCCGAUUAAGGAAGGUGAUGACAUUGCCAGUGCCUCUCAGACACUCCAGAGUAAAACCUUAGUGCAUCCUCCCCCUCCACCACCACCCUUGCCCCCGCUUCCCCCUCCUCACCCAAAUGCAGAUGUCCCCUCUGAUCAAAAACAACCGACAGUUACUAUGGAAACCACAAAAAGACUUAGUUGGCCUCAGCCAGCAAGCAUCUGUAGCAAUAUAAAAUCUGAACCUGUUUCUUUUGAGGAAGGUUUAAGCAGCAGCUGUGAACUGGGCAUGAAACAAGCUUCCUAUGAUCAGAAUGAAGUGAAGGAACAGUUAAAAGCAUUUGCAUUAAAGAAUGCAGAUUUCUCUUCCUAUUUACUCUCUGAGCCACAGAAGCCUUUUACCCAACUUGCUGCUCCAAAAAUACAGACGCAGCACACGCAGCCACAGCAGCAGCAGCAGCAGCAGCAGCAGCUCUGUGGAAGUUAUCCAACAAUACACUUUGGUAGCACAAGCUUCAAAAGGGCAGCAUCUGCAAUUGAGAAAUCGAUUGGGAUGUUAGGAAGUGGCUCGAAUGCUGCCACAGGCCUGUCUAACCAGAACGCGCAGAUGCCGGUUCAGAAAUUUGCUGACAAUAGCAAUGCCGAUGAACUGGAACUGAAAUGCUCUUGCAGGCUGAAAGCCAUGAUCGUGUGCAAAGGCUGCGGCGCCUUCUGUCAUGAUGACUGCAUAGGGCCUUCCAAACUGUGUGUAGCUUGCCUGGUUGUACGGUAGAGACUGGGUCAAAGAUGCAGUAUCCCUUGUCAGCACAGGAGAACAGGGCAGAGGAACAGAGGGAUGGAACAGUUUAGGCCAUUAACAGUUUGCAAUUAGUCGAUUGGCUGUUUAUUUUUGUUUUGUUUUUGUUUCCCUUGUGGUGCUUUCAGAAUUUAGUUAUUCUGGCCUAAGUACCAUUCGCAGGAAAGAAGAGGAAACCUCUAGGACUAGUUGUAAAAAAAACUGAAAGCUUUAUCACUGAAGCUUCUAUGAGCACUCAUACUGUGUUAAAAAAAAAAAUACAAAAACAAAGGCAUUAUUGCAUGACAUUCCUUGUUCCUAUUUAUUUGCACAAAGUGCAGCACGUUUUCCCCCACUUUUUUUACUGUUGUUAGAAGCUACUUGUUAAAGAUCAGUGGAAAAAUAACUCUAUGAGAAGUGGAGUACUAUCCAGGACUGCACACUGCAUGCCAACUGCCUGUCUUGUUGUGGGCAAUGGGAAGGUGUGCCCAUCAGCCAUAGUAGCUUCUCAGUUACUUUGCAGUUCUUCUGCUAAUUGAAUUACAGAAUCACAGAAUGACCUGGGUUGGAAGGGAACUCAAGGAUCAUGAAGCUCCAACCCCCAGAGAAUUGUUCUCUUAAAAUGGUUUUCACUGUCUGGAGUUAAAAUAUAGUCACCUCACUUAGCAAAAAAUGAGGAAUUUAGAUUAUUAGAGGAGUUUCCUCAUGUGCCUGCUGGGGAUUAUGGAACUGAAAUCUUACUCGUCAUCUCUUCUUCUUGAUUCCUUGAGAAAGACUCAUCUGUGAUGAGUUAGAGAGACCAGCACUGGAAUCAUGUUGCCUUCGGUAGAGUCUUGAGAAAGUAACUUCUCUACUGGGGAUUAGAAGCCUCUUUUCCUGUUUCCUACUCAAAUAUUCUUUAUUUGUGUUUGUCUCUCUAAUCUGUCCAUGUGAUUUGUCAGCCCCAAAUAUAUAUAGGGUCAGACUAUGUAAUAGAUUCUGGAUAUUAUAGCCUUUCUGUGGCCUAAAAUUGAUGCGUUCUUAUGAUGAAUUAAUAAGGAGAGAUUUUAAUUGUGUAUUGACUGCAUACUAGAUUAUCAGUUAUUUUUCCUUUUAUGCGAGUUACUCAAAAUGUCUGAAUUUUGUCACUUAAAAUCAUUCUUAAGCACUACCUUUUUUUUUCUGUUUUUUCUUUUUUUUCUUUUUUUUUUCUGAAAGGAAUGUGGACCUCUUAUUCUACAUUUUAGAAAUUUGAAAGUGAAAAGGUGUUUUUAAAAGGGAUACUGCAUCUUUAAAGUGAUCUUCAGUAUUUAUCCAGUACUGUAUUUAACUUUAGGACUGUAGUUGCAUUCCAAAUGUGUGAGCCACCAUUACAGCAGAGAAGAAAAACAAUAAUUUGGGGGCCCUAUACACCUAAAAGGAAAAUAUAAAGGGAUAAAGCACGUGCAGUUGCUGGGGAGAUGAAAAUACCUUGAGUUUUGUUUUUUUUUUUUACUCCCACUUCAAGAACACAGAAUGUAGAGUGCAAAUCAUCCAUCUGUCAAUACGUGAUUGGGUCUGCCCAAAUGUGAGCAUCAGAGAGAAAUGUUAUUUUUACCAUUACAGUAGAACCUCAUUAAUCCAAAGGCCUUCCAAUCUGCUCAAGAAAACUGGUUUUCUUUUCACAGUUCUCAGAGCAAUGUAAUAAGUGUGUAAUAAGUGUGCAUCAGGUGUAAUGCUGUUUAGAUCUCAGCAUUAAUUAAGUAUAUAAUGCUGCAGUUACUCUGGCAUUCUGAAAUAUUAAUGUGAAUGAAUUUAGGAAAUUAAUGAUUUUUGGAAAUGGGAAGUAUACUACAUUUUACACAGUACUUUUUUAAUACAUUCUUUGUUUGCAUACUUACUAGUAAGCUGUAACUGAUUUCCCUGACGCUGGUAUUAGUGAGGUCCUACUGAAUGGAGGAACCACAUUUAUUUCCUUGUGGGACCAUUUUCACAAACAUGAUAAAUGCCGUUUACUGUCUUAAUGUUGAGCUGGAAUAUCUACCGACAUACAUUCCUGUCAUAGGAAGCUCUAUGGUGCACCUUGAUGUUCUCUUUUAUUGUAUUUAGCAACAUAUCAUUAUUAUUUUUGACACUGUGUGAUACAAAGGCCAUUUAUAACUACACUAACAAAUUUGUUGCUGAUACAAUAACAUAUUUUUUUUUCUAUACAAAAGUGCUCCUUAAUAUGAAAUGAGAGUUAAGAAAUGGCUUCUCAGCACUUUCAGGUCUCCUGGUAAGAAAAUACGCCAGCCAAGCAAAAACCUAGAAGUAACCGUAUGAAAAAUUGCACUCAGUGUUAUGCCAGCUCCUGGAAAAAUAGCGACUGGAAAAUACUCAUGGAUAAGCAUGAGUGUAGUCAGUUUAUGCAUAUCAGAUUCAUAUUUGAGGAGCCUUUGUAUUGGAAUUGUAUUGCAUUGUAUUUAUACUUGGUAUGGGUAAGAUGCUUCUAUUUAAAAUGAAGAGAACGACCAGUCUUAGACUUCUUAUAACCUGUGUUUAUAUAAGCCUGCUGGGAAUCCUUAUUUCUAGCUCAGGUUUUCCUGUCCACAGCACAUAUCAAUAUUUGUUUGUAUUCGCAUCUUGAAAUACUUCUUGUAUUGACUGACAUCGUACAGAAAUAAAUUCCAGCCACAAAAAAGAAGAAAGUUUUACUUUGUUCAAAGGAUAAGAGUGUGACUUAUGUGGUAGGUAACUCAUUCAUGUCAGACUGAUAUUUUUGUAUCAGGAUUGCAACUUGCAUGUGUGAGGUCAUGAUAAAAUGUUAUUUAAAGUAGCGUUAGACUAAAUGGUGCUAUGUUAUAUUAUACCACUGACCAAACUCUUCCGUAGUGCAGUUCCAUUUCUUUCAUUUGUGAGUCACUGAAGUCGCACCAGGAAUAAAUUUGACCAAUCAGUUAACAACAGUUGUGAAGUGUUGUUACAGGGAAUAGUUUUAGGUUAUUGAAAUAUUCAAAAGCAACUGCAGUGAUAUGGGAACCCAACUGAAUCUUAGUAGGACUGGAAAUCUUACUUGGAUUCUCAAGUCACACAGAUACCUGGGGAAGAGUGAGCUAUGGUCCUAAAGCAGAACACAAUCACCUUUAGAAGUUAAUUUUGAAUGACUCCUUUUCUUUUGUUUAAUUGCGAGGCUUUAUGCCCAAUGUCAUUCUGUUUUCUAAUGACUGUGCAGUUUGCACCCUUGGGUGUUAAUAGUUUAUGCACUGAAAAGUGGUGAAAGAAUUUCUUGAGAACACACUGCUCUGUGUUUGCGUGUACAUACGUGUUCCAAUGUCCAACACAUAUAAUUUACUUCUUUUUUUUGUAAAUCUCCAAAUCUGUUCCCCUCUCCUCAGCCCCACUCCUACCCCUGAAACAGCACUUUUGGGUGAAAGGGAGAAACACUCCUUUUUUUCUUUCCUUCCUCUUUGUUUUUGUUAAUUGCAUACCUGCAAGUUAUGCAGAUUACAUUAGGGCAUUUGCAAGUGUGUGUUUUCGCGUGUUCCUGUUCUGAACUAGUUUUCCAAGCAGAAAUUCCCUUUGAAAUAAUGUAAAAAAGAAAAAAUGGAAAAAAAAAGAAAAAAAGAAAAGAAAAAGAAAAAAAAAAUUGAAAUGGUAAACUGGAUGCUCCCUAUUUGUGUUUUAUUUACCUGCUGAGAUUUAGUACACAAAACAAUGCUUAAAAGAUGAAAAUCAAGGUUGAGCCAUAUAGCAAAAGGUGUAUUCUCUGUACUAUAGACUUUCUUCUUGAGGGUGGUGCAUGUUGUCAGGGUAAGCUACAGAAUGUGCAGAUGGUUUUUCAGGGCCCUGCAACUCCUUGCCCAGUUUUUAAACUGGUACAUAUGGUGCUUUAUAAUGCAAUUUCCGAAGUAAAAUUACCUUAUGCUGCACCCCCUUCCCCUUAUGAACACACGCACAAUUUCAGAAUAGUUAUUGUAGCCUCUGGUUGAGCAGUUUCUCCAAGGUGUGUUGAAGUACCGGGAUAAGCAUGAGAAAUGCCACCGAAAGGGAUCAUUGUAGCUGACACAUGUGAGGGGCCCUGCUUUGAGCACUGAAUGACUUCCCCAGCCUCCUGGCUUCCAGCACAGCCUGGCGUCCUCUGGGCUCUGCGGGACAUUUGGUGGCUGUGUCACGGACCCGUGUAGCCAAGUGUUUCUGAGUCUAUGAAAUCCUGUUGUCUUCGGUCAUCAUGCUUUGUCACGGUAAAAUCAACAACAACAAAUGCAUUUUUUUAGUCUAAUUUAAGGAGCUGCUUCUUUUAUAGCACAUAAUAUUUCGCUUUGUACUAUAUUUGAUAGUUAAAGAAUAAUUUAGUCCGUAGGAUAACUUUGUUGUAUUUGUACUGUUCAUGAAUGUUACAAGAAAAGUGCUUUACUUUGUUGCCAUAAUUCUCUUGUACUGCUGUAAAAUAUUUUUUCUGCUUUACGGAAACUUAACACAACCCACAUUUUCAGUACAGGGUUUUUUUUGUGUGUGUAUGUAUUAUUUUUAAUUUUUUUGUCAGUAUUCUGAAUGUUUACAUCUGUUUGACAUUAGCCAUUCUAUGCCUUCAUAGGGCAGUAUUACUCCUGCAGUAUAACAGCAAUGUGAAAUCCACUCAUACUCCACAUGCAUGAGAAUUACAGAUUUAUUGGGGAGAUCCCUACCGUGCAUAGAUAUUUUUUCUAUCCACAUUCAGUGAUGUAAAUACACUCCUUCAGUCCUCUACCAAAGAAAAUAUUAUUCCCAUGGGACAAGGUUGGAAAAUGGUUCUCUGAAUCUUCCAAAGGGGGGUGUCAUUGAUUUCAGCAGGAUUGCUACAGUUCAAUGCUGUUAUGCGUCGCUGUGUUACCCAGCCCAGCCCGGCUGGGGGAAAUGAGCAUCUUGGCAGUUUUGUUUUUGUUUCAAGACAGUGUUUUGUUUAGAAUUCAGGGAUCGUGCUUUCUUUAAUGGUGCUGGUUUUGAUUUUUGUUUUGUUCUGUUUUUUUUUUUAAGAAAACAUUUUGUUGCCUCCAAAAGUGACCGCUCACAAAACCAUAAAUUAAAUAAAAUAAUUUGUCUUCGUACCUUCUCUCUUCUCCCUUUCCUUUUCCCCUUUUCUGUCCCUUGAAAAUAACAACUUGAGCUUCAAUAUUAAACUAUUCUGGGAAAAAAAUAAUAAUAAUAAUAAUAAAGAGAUAAAAUAA